CUGUUUCCCCGCCUUGAAACGGCCGGCUGCAAAGCCAGCGCGAAUUCGGGCAGCCAAUUCUCCGAGACGCCCGACAUGAACGCCGUCCGCGACGUAAUCUACGCCUUCAAGGCCAAGUGGUUUGAUCAGCAUGCGCAGAUGCAUCGCAACUUCAACGUCCGAUACUUCCCCGACGGCAACCACGUCGAGAUCCUCGACGUGAAGAGCAACAAAUUGUUCUUGAAAAAGACUCAGUGCCCCGCUGGCGUGUCACUCCAGGACUUCUUCUUGGGCGGAAAGCUGCUCCUCUUUGGACGUCACUUCGAACUAACUGAAUAUUUGGACGCGUUCACAGCCACGCAGCUCAGCAAGCAAGCACAAAAGUCCAUUCUCCUCUUCACGCACCUCGGCGCGACAGGGGCUGUACUCACGCAACUGCACCACAACCACUUUACACUGAGCUACCUGAAAUUGUUUCUCCGUGGCAAUGUCCCGACCAUCGUUGUCGAAGUUGUGGGGGAGAGCGCCGUUGAACGACUGCCGUUGCUCGUGUCGUCGCUUCAGUCCCGUUUUGGCGGCAGCGAACCAGGGUUUGAAGUCGCCGCAACCGCUGCCGACGUCCAACGGUUGCACGACCAAUUCGUCGCCAAGGCGUGGUCUUCCCCCGCGACCUUCACCAACUGCACGUGCUGCGUCAUUCAACCCCAUGUGCUCAAGGAAGGGCAAACCGGGGCAGUAGUCGACGCAAUUCUCGACAGCGGGUUGACCAUCACGGCCAUGGAACUGUUCAAUCUCGACCGCACCUCCGCGUCGGAAUUCCUCGAGCUAUACGACGGAGUCGUCCCGCAUUUCAACGAAGCGGUCGACCACUUGACGAGCGGCUCUUGCAUUGCCCUGGAACUCAUCGGCGACGGUGACGUGGUCCAGCGCUUUCGAGAAGCGGCGGGUCCAUGGGAUAUUGACAUGGCCAAAGAACUCAAACCCUCCACGAUUCGCGCGCGGUUUGGCGCUGACAGGGUGCACAAUGCCGUGCAUUGCACCGACUUGUCCGAGGACGGCGCGUUGGAGUCGCAAUACUUUUUUGACAUUUUAGCCCGCAAGUAGAGGGAUGAUUUGUCGUAGAAUCAAACUCUUGACGUUCUCGGGGGUGGUAAGGAAGGCCAGUGCUUCUGCUGGAGGCGAAAGGUUACGCACCACUCGCCACCGGUAUGUGGUACACCGAGUGAUCCAGAGC